AUGCUGACUUUCGGAACCUUUGCAACUGGUAAAUUUAGUUCAGCAUUCAAUACUGCAAAGGCUGUUUUUGAUGGCUUAAAAAAACCGGAAAUACAGCAUAAACUGAUUGCGGUAAGUAAAAGUGAAGCUGUUCGAUCGGCAGUUUCGUCCCUUGCUAAAAACAAAGCGGCACGUAAAGCUACUCUGAAUGCUUUGCAAGAUGAAAGGACUUUGAAAACAGUAUGUCGCAUUGCUCAGACCUGUAGUAGGCAAGAGCAGCAGAAAAAUCUUACAAAUUUGAUUGACAGUAUACCAGCUCGUGCAUUUGCCAAUCAUGGUGCUACUUCCAAAUUCAAUGCAAACAAAGCUUUGAAAUCGAUAUAUCCUUCACUUCCUCCAUCACGAGAUUAUGCAUCUGAUAUUAGUCCUAAAACAUCGCAUAAUCUAUCGCAGUUUAAUUUUGCUUCGGAAACGAAUACAUUUACGGACGCGAAUCAAGAAAAGCAACCGCAUGGUUAUGCAAAAUUUGGGUUUCUCGCAUCACAUUUUGAUGAACUUUCCGCAGAACCGCUCGAUAUGAUUAUUCUGGAAAAAAAGGUAGAUGAUCAAUGGGUCUACGGGCUUAAUAAAAGGACUGGUCAGAAGGGAAUCAUGCCACUUCUGUAUAUUGAUGUAAAAAUUCCUCUUCCCACAGCAUUAAUAUCAUCAACUUGUCAAGUGCCGUUUUAUGCGAUCGCAUUAUUCGAUUUUGAUAGCAGCGUGUCAGGAGAUCUUACGUUUCGAGUAAAUGAUGAAAUUUAUGUUAUCGAAAGGAUUAAUAAUGAUUGGCUACGUGGUACGAUUGGUACACGUCAAGGUAUCUUUCCUGCUAAUUAUGUUCGGGAAGUUAACGUCCCAGCGACAGCGAUUUCAGAACCCAUAAGUUGUCAUGCGUCAGUAAAAUACAUUAACGCCUUAUAUGAUUAUAACAGUGCCGUGGAUGGCGAUCUAACCUUUAAGACAGGUGACCAGAUAGAAGUGCUGGAGUGGGUAAGCGAAGAUUGGUUGAGAGGCAAGUUGAAUGGGAAAAUUGGCUUGGUACCACGUACUUAUAUUGAGGACCGCAGCAGAGGCGUUGACGCUGGAAAACAAUUGAAUGCUAUGAGUACAGUUGUCAUUGCAACAGAAGAUUAUUAUAAUAUUGCAGAAGACCAUUUGUGCUUCUCGAAAGGAGAUCAGAUCGAAGUAAUUGAAGAGAUCAAUGAUAGUUGGUUGAAAGGAAAACUAUUGCUGAAUAUGAGUAAUACGAACUCUUUCCCGGUGGGAUUAUUUCCAAGAUCAGCUAUCCAGUGA